AUGGAAUACAGAGGAUAUGAUUCAGCAGGUAUUGCUAUCGAUGGCGGCAACGACGUAGAUGCUCCUCACAACGAAAUUCUGCUGCUUAGGAAAGCUGGCAAAGUCUCGGUCCUGGAAGAUUCGAUCAAAGGCCAGGACUCCAGGACGGAAGAGUUCAGAGAAAAUUUUCAGCUUCUGAAGUUGAUUUUUGUGGCUACGGAAUCCGCAGAUUCGCUAAAUAUGGAUAUGACAUAUAACAUUCAUUGUGGUAUUGCGCACACUCGAUGGGCCACCCAUGGAUCACCGAAGGAUGUGAAUAGCCAUCCACAGAGAAGUAAUGAGAAUAACGAUUUCAUGGUUGUUCAUAACGGAAUUAUCACUAACUACCGUGAGAUCAAAGAAUAUCUAAUAAAAAAAGGGCACAAAUUUGAGUCGGAAACGGACACGGAAGUGAUUGCAAAGCUUAUGCAACACAUCCAUGAUCGUUAUCCAGACUUUUCAUUCAGACAACUGGUUGAAGUUGUUAUCCAACAGCUGGAAGGAGCAUUCGCGUUGGCAUUUAAGUCGUCAAAAUUCCCUGGGCAGUUGGUUGCCACUCGCCGUGGAUCUCCAUUGCUGAUUGGUAUCAAAACCAAUAACGAGAACCUACAAGCCAGCCAGUUCCCUGUCUCGUACAGUAAAGUGACUGGUAAAUCCCAAACUACUCUGGCCUUACCAGUUGAUAAAAGAGAUGGACUCCUUGAUACCGAAAUAAGCAUAUUGAUUCGUUCCGAUAAUAUAAAUUACACGAUUUCUUUAUUUAAUAGAAAAAUUCCAAAGUAAGC